AUGUUCGCCCACACCAAGCUCGCGCUCUUCUCCCUCGCGCUCCUCUUUGCGGGCAUUCAUGCGCAGGGCGCAGCCGACACCACCGGCGCCGGUACCGCCAAUCUCACCCACCCUCCAGACACCUUGGCCAGCAGCUCCGCGGCGAACGGCACCGCGGCCACCGGCUCCGGCGCGGCCAGCACUCCCGUCGGCAGCGACACUCUGUCCUCCGCCGCGACGGACACCGCCGUCAAGGGCGGCGGCAGCUCCGUCGAGACCGCCACCGGGGUCGCCUCCGCGUCCGGCUCCGCCGUCAAGUCCGGCUCCGGCGCGGCGACCACCCUGAAGACCUCGCAGGCCGCGGGGGCGUCUGGGGCGUCCGGCUCCAAGGGGUCAGGCUCGUCGGGGAGCAAGUCGAACGCCGCGCGCGGGGGACAAGUGCCCGCGCUCGGGGCCGCUGGCGCGGCGGCGGGCGUGACGCUCCUCGGGGCGCUCGCUGGGGGCGUGCUCGCGCUCUGA